GUGGGUAAAGCUGAUAUGCCUGUAUCAAUUCUACAACCUGCCGCGCACCCCAGAAGAGGGUUCGCUGACGACUGGUCAGGACAAAGGAAAGUUUCUGUCAAAGUUCCGGAAGACAGGGGCUGCGUGGGGAGCAGUUUCAGAUCAUAUUUAACCCCAGUCGCGGAGGGGGCCGACCCUGCUCUUCGGUCGCCGGUGGGCAAAGGAAAUGCGAGAGGGAAGUUUUUCUACAGGACAUCGGCCGCCUUGUCACCGAGAGGCGGGAGGUGCGCAGCGCCAUCAGUCGAAGGCUCGGUCUCUGCCGGUCUCGCUCCACCCCAGAGGCGGCCUACCCCGGCGUGCGGUGGAGGACGAGCGAGCUCCGCUGGCGCGCGCGCCGCCUCCCGUACUGGCCCUGCGCUGGGGCCGCUCUCCACUCGCGGUAGUCCCAGGUGGGUUUGGGAACCCAGCUUUGGAGGCCUCACCGCCGUGUCGGAGUGGGCCCCGCGGCUUCCGCCUUCACUUCCCCACGCGCCGGCGCCAUGGAGACGGUCACGAGUGGCCGGCGGCUCCUGCGCCCACCAAUGGGAGCGCACGUCGCAGAGAGACGCGGACGUCGCUCUUCCAAGAUGGCGGCGCGUCCGUCGCGAGCAGCCGGGCCGGGGGGAAGCCAGCGAAGCCGAGUAAAGCCGCCGCCCGGGAGAAGACUGAAGGAGCUGUUCCGGCCGUUGGCGGCGGCUCGGGCAGUUUUCGUUGCUGCUACGGCUGUUGCCAUGCGGCGAGGCUAGGGAGGAGCUCGCUUCCCCGGGGUGUAAUAAUGUUAACAGAGACCAGUCUAUCCAUAUGGGGAUGGGGAAGCCUUGGCAUUGUCCUUUCUCUAAUAACCUUUGGACCCUUUGUAAUAUUUUAUUUGGCCUUUUAUAUCCUCUGCUUUGUGGGCGGGGGCUUUGUGGUUACUCUCCUCUUUGGAAAAACAAACUCAGAGAAGUACCUAGAACAGUGUGAACACUCAUUUCUUCCUCCAACGUCAACUGGGAUUCCUAAGUGCUUAGAAGAAAUGAAACGAGAAGCCAGGACUAUAAAGAUUGAUAGAAGAUUGACAGGUGCCAAUAUUAUUGAUGAACCUCUUCAGCAAGUUAUCCAGUUUUCCUUGAGGGAUUAUGUCCAGUAUUGGUAUUAUACACUAAGUGAUGAUGAGUCUUUUCUUCUUGAAAUUAGGCAGACUCUUCAAAAUGCACUCAUUCAGUUUGCUACUAGGUCAAAAGAAAUAGACUGGCAACCUUAUUUUACUACACGUAUUGUAGAUGAUUUUGGCACACACCUACGAGUAUUCAGAAAGGCUCAACAGAAGAUAACAGAGAAAGAUGAUCAAGCAAAAGGUACAGCAGAAGAUCUGGUGGAUACUUUCUUUGAAGUUGAAGUUGAAAUGGAGAAGGAUGUUUGCCGUGAUCUAGUGUGCACUUCUCCCAAAGAUGAAGAAGGAUUCCUAAGGGAUUUGUGUGAGGUCUUAUUAUAUUUAUUGCUACCUCCUGGAGAUUUCCAGAACAAGAUCAUGCGAUACUUUGUCAGGGAAAUUCUUGCACGAGGAAUUCUUCUUCCAUUAAUAAAUCAACUCAGUGAUCCUGAUUAUAUUAAUCAAUAUAUCAUAUGGAUGAUCCGUGAUUCUAAUUGCAACUAUGAGGCCUUUAUGAACAUUAUUAAAUUGAGUGACAAUAUUGGAGAGCUAGAAGCAGUCAGAGAUAAGGCAGCAGAAGAAUUACAGUAUCUUCGAUCUCUAGAUACAGUUGGUGAUGAUAUCAACACUAUCAAGAAUCAAAUAAAUAGCUUACUAUUUGUAAAGAAAGUAUGUGACUCAAGAAUACAGCGAUUGCAGUCAGGCAAAGAAAUAAAUACUGUGAAACUGGCAGCGAACUUUGGGAAACUUUGCACAGUCCCCUUGGACAGCAUUCUUGUAGACAAUGUUGCACUACAAUUUUUUAUGGAUUACAUGCAGCAAACUGGAGGUCAAGCACAUCUCUUCUUCUGGAUGACAGUGGAAGGAUACCGAGUUACAGCCCAACAGCAACUCGAAGUUUUAUUAAGUCGUCAGAAAGAUGGAAAACAUCAAACCAACCAAACCAAGGGUCUCUUAAGAGCAGCUGCUGUUGGAAUAUAUGAACAGUAUUUAUCAGAAAAGGCAUCUCCAAGAGUUACUGUUGAUGAUUAUUUGGUAGCAAAAUUAGCAGAUACUUUGAAUCAUGAAGAUCCAACCCCUGAAAUCUUUGAUGACAUUCAAAGGAAGGUUUAUGAAUUGAUGCUACGAGAUGAAAGAUUUUAUCCUUCCUUCAGACAGAAUGCACUUUAUGUGCGCAUGUUAGCUGAGCUGGAUAUGUUAAAAGAUCCUAGUUUCAGAGGAUCAGAUGAUGGUGACGGAGAGUCUUUUAAUGGGUCUCCUACUGGAAGCAUAAAUUUGUCUUUAGAUGACCUUUCAAAUGUAUCUUCCGAUGACUCAGUACAACUUCAUGCUUACAUUUCAGACACUGUAUAUGCUGACUAUGACCCAUAUGCUGUGGCAGGCGUGUGUAAUGAUCAUGGCAAGACAUAUGCACUGUAUGCUAUCACUGUACACCGACGCAAUCUUAACAGUGAGGAGAUGUGGAAAACCUAUCGUCGUUAUAGUGACUUUCAUGACUUCCAUAUGAGGAUCACUGAACAGUUUGAAAAUUUAUCAAACAUAUUGAAGCUUCCUGGUAAAAAGACUUUUAAUAAUAUGGAUAGAGAUUUUUUAGAAAAAAGAAAAAAGGAUUUAAAUGCAUAUUUGCAGUUACUUUUAACUCCUGAAAUGAUGAAAGCAUCACCAGCUUUGGCUCACUAUGUGUAUGAUUUCCUUGAGAACAAAGCCUACAGUAAAGGAAAAGGAGAUUUUGCUCGCAAGAUGGACACUUUUGUAAAUCCACUUCGAAAUUCUAUGAGGAAUGUUUCAAAUGCAGUUAAAUCCCUUCCUGAUAGCUUGGCAGAGGGAAUGACUAAAAUGUCAGACAACAUGGGCAAAAUGUCAGAAAGAUUAGGUCAAGACAUAAAGCAAUCAUUUUUCAAGGUGCCUCCUUUAAUUCCGAAGACUGACUCAGAUCCUGAACACUGUCGGGUCUCAGCUCAGCUUGACGAUACUGUGGAUGACAAUAUUCCACUUAGGGUAAUGCUGCUUCUUAUGGAUGAAGUAUUCGACUUAAAAGAGAGAAAUCAGUGGUUGCGAAGGAAUAUCAAAAACCUACUUCAACAGCUUAUUAGAGCCACAUAUGGUGAUACUAUUAAUAGAAAAAUAGUUGACCAUGUUGAUUGGAUGACCUCACCUGAGCAAGUAGCCGACUUAGUGAAACGUUUCAGAGAUGCCUUUUGGCCAAAUGGCAUUUUAGCAGAGACUGUUCCAUGCAGAGAUAAAGCUAUUCGAAUGAGAACAAGAGUUGCAGGAAAAACUAAAUUACUUUCAAUUAUGCCAGAUGAACUGAAGCACAUUAUCGGGGCUGAGACAACACGGAAAGGUAUUCUUCGUGUUUUUGAAAUGUUUCAGCACAACCAGUUAAAUAGGAGAAUGGUUUAUGUCUUCUUGGAAGGCUUUUUGGAAACCUUAUUUCCACAGUAUAAAUUUCGUGAACUUUUCAACAAACUGCAUUCACGGUCAAAGCAGAUACAGAAAUAUAAACAGAAACUUCAAACUACUCAAGCGCCUUCUUUACAGAAAAGGUGACACUCCAGUCUCUGAAGCUGGUGUUCAUUUUGUCCAGGACUAAUAAUAUGGACAGAUCUUCUGGGGCUUAACUCAUACACUGUCAUAUUGCACCAGUCUUUUACUGUCUCAAAAUAGAUUAUUAAUACAUCCAUUAGACUGUGGUUCUUCUCAUCUUCAUCUAUAAUCCAGCCACUACCAAGAGAGAUUUCUGUGUCUUAAAUGAUUUGGUGCAUAUCUUUGCAACAUUGAGAUGAUACUGCCCCCUUCUCAAGCAAGAAUGAUGUUGGUCUCUUCCAUUUCAAACUAAUCAGCAUUCUCCAGCAAUGACAAAGUGCCAGAGUGUAUAUGUGAGAGCUGAGGAAAGCACAAAACAGUGGUUCACAGAUAAACUGGCUAAUUUGUUUGGGAGACUGAGCAAUGUAUGAUUUGGAGGGAUUUUUUUUUUUUUUUGCAUAAUAAUUUUACAGAUCUUUAUCAGAAUUUUGAUAUAAUGUGGAUUAGCCAGGUGAACGAUCUUUGGAACAUCUGUGUCAAGACUGGGGAAAGUGACAGGAUGCCCUUAAAGUAUGAAGUAACCUUUUAUCCUAAUUACAGUUUUGUGACAUAAAAUAAAACCAAUCAAAAACAGAAUUUGAUUGGAUUUGUUAUUCAUUCGUAUAAAACAAAUUUUAAUUGAUUCUUACCUGCUUUGGGCUCUAUUUUGCUCUUAUGGUACUCAAUCAUAAGUUUUCUUUUGGUAUUCUGUGUGCAAAAAGAAGCAUAUAGUGGCGAUCUCACUUAAGUUUCAAAAUUAUUACUGUUUUCUUUAUCUUUAAGAGAUUACUGAUUAUACAAUAGGGAGUAUAAUCUCGAAAGAACUGCCAAAUACAUUCUGUUAUUUUAAAAACAUGGAAAUUUUAAAACAGCACUAUUGAAAGUUGCAAUGUGACCAUUUUAAAUUGUGUGAUCUAGACAUACCUUAGGUGAUUGCAAAAGUAGCAAAUCAAAGGAUUAAAUGAGCUUAUUAGUCAUAUGUAAACAGACAAAUUCCUAACUCUAUUACUAUGUAUAUAUAUGAAAAUAAAUAAUGAAAACAGAACUAUAAUAUUUUUUAAAAUAUGCUUUUAUUUAUAUUUUGCAUAAUGUAAAAUUCUACUAAAUAAAGUUGGCAAAACCCCUGGGUGUAUACAUUUAAGUCCCUGAAAUAAUUUUAUACCAACAACAACAAAUUACCUUUUCCAGUUCUGGAGCCUCUGCAUUUCUUAUAGUUUUCUCAUUCUCUGUUUGUCCAUCUUGGAAGUCUUCAUAUCCCUUGUAUGCAGGAUUUCUGCAUAGUUUUAAAUACUUACAGUGACUAAGGGUUUGAGUAUGUCAGCCUUUUUUGUUUUAAAAAUAUUUAACACUACAACCUUAAAAUAGUGAAGCUACUUAUCAGACCACUGAGCCAAGACCCUGGUAUUAAAAGAAUGUCUGGGUGCUUAAGAUAAAGGGACAGAGGAUAGGUAUCCCAGUUAUUUGGGAGCUUUAAGAUUGGAGCAAGAUGUUACUGUCUUGUUUUCACUGAGAUCCUGCUUAGAAAGUGAAGCCUCAUAACAGAAUAAAGCCUUCCUUUAAAGCUUCAUAGUAAUAAUCAUAUUUAUUAAUAAUGCUGUUGUGCAUACUCAGAGUAUGCGCCUUUCAGUACAUGUUGCAUGUCUAAAGAAUUACAAAAAUGAAACCCCAUGAUUUCAUUGCAACCUGCAAAUGAGAAAAUAUCCUUAUUGACUCUGGUGGAAGAAAUAAUAUUUUUUCUUUCCAGUGUGUCUCCCUGCCAUGGUCCCUCCCCAGGCCCCAGGCUUUAAAGGUGAGGAUUUGUGAAACGUCUAUAGGAAGCAUCAGCAUGGCCAUAAGUGCGAUGAUUUUCAAAUAUACCCUUGCCCAUUUCAAGUAUAUUUUUGACAUAAAUAAGUCUAAGAGUAAACAAGAAUUCACUUAAGAGCCUAGUGUGUAUAUAUGAAAAGCAUUUCCAGAUAAUAUGAGGAAUGCUGGCCAUCAACCAGGGAAAGAAAGGUCCUGCAAAAUAGCAACUUUUCAUAAUAGAGCCCUGCAAGGUAACUGCAAUCAUACCAAAAACUAUGUGAGUAAAUGGGUUUUUAAAAUAAUUUUUGUUUAAAGAGUUUAUAUUUCAAAAGCAGAAAUAUCAAAUGGUAGUCUUUGUAAACAGUUGUGCAUCUUCUCUGCACAUCUGUGUUUUACAUCAGAGAAAGCUGUGGUCAUGCUAAAAUUAGAGAUACUUUUUGAAUGACUUGGUUAAGCUGUGUGUAAAAUAUUUAAUUCAUAAGUACGGUGUACUAUGUUUAAUAAAGUUAUUACAUUUAAUGCAUUCAUUGCAUAUAUAAAUACAUACCUGAAGAGGCUUUAAGUCUUCUGAUAUUUGAUUUUUUGAAUGUGUUUUUAAGUCAGAGGUGCCUUCAGGCAAGAACCUUCAAAAUUCAUUAUUCUUUGUUUGGGUUUUCUGAUUUUUUCAGGUAACAUAUAAAUUAUUUAGAAACCAUCACUACUAACAACAGUUUGUUCACCUAAAAAUUGAUUGUAUGAUUUAAAUAUAGUGCUUAGCUGGGCAUUUCCUCUGAUUAGGGUAUUCUGAAUAGUUGCUGAAAAAAUUGUGCCAUUGACCAAUGGAUGCACUUGGUUAGCCUUAAUUUUUUUUUAAGAAAAAAAUUUAAAACUUUCUUGAGUAUUUCUGUUAGCUCAGUUUAAGUUUGUGCUGCUGGUGUUUGGAAAAAAUCAGUUAAGUGCUACCAGAAAGUGUAUCAAUUUUUAAAAAAUGAAGAACAAUAUAAAUUUCACAAUCUAAAAUUUUAAUUUUGUGCAAUAUUUUCAUUUAAUGCAUGUGUAUUUGAGUAAUUGUAAAAUAAAUGAAUUUUUAAUGUUUUGAGAUCUAGUUUAAACUGUCUUCUUAACCCAACAACUUACAUUCCGUUGUUGCUGCAUCCUUUUAUUUAAGGACUUGUUUUAAAAGUCUUUUUUUGUCACUCCUUGUAAAAUUCUUUUGUUAAUAGUAAAUUUUGCUUAUAGGAGCAUGGCUCCUGUAUUACAAGGGAAAAAUAUAAAGAGCACAUCUUAGAAUUAUAGUUGUUAAAAGAUAACUUGUGCAUAUCAUUGUACAGUAAAUGUCAACUGUGUGCCUAACUAUUCUAUCAAUACUUUCCUUUAACAAAGAAGAAACAACAAUCAGAAUGUCAGUUAUUUUUAUUGAACUAAAAAGAUUAAAAUUUUUAUUUGGUUUGCGUUAUGUUCUGUCCAUUAGAAAAUACUAAUAAAGUAUUAACAAACCUU